AUGUCGUUCUACUACUACAUUUAUAUCAUCUCAAAGGCUCGUUGUCCAUGUUCUACAAGAGUUUUAGGAACUAUUAAGAGAGGCGAUCUACGUGAUUAUUGUGGAGCUAUCAUUGCCGCUUAUUGGAUUGAGUUCAUUCCGCAGCAGUUUGCUCAUCUCUCCGCACCUUCAUGCUACCAACUUUUCAAAAGGAACUCACAUUAUAUGCUACACUCAGUCGUCCAACUCAACCGUUUCCCUCUUGGUAAACGCUCACGAUCAAAGCGGUUUUUCACCUCUGAAACUUACGCUCUCAUCUGCGGGCAAGUUCAUUGUCGUGCGAAUGAUCGAAAAAGCAUCUGCGGGAGCAAGUCGUCCAUGAAAAGUCGCGAUAGAAUUUACUUCACUUCACAGGAAUCUUAUUCUGGCAAAUACUCUCAUUCAACUAUCGUUGUUCAUGUUUCUGCUAGUGUCGUCAACCAUCGCAUAGAUGAAGGUGCACGUUGCUAUGCCCGUGUAGAGCAGCGGUUGGCAACACUGCUUUGCACGUGGCUGUUCGGGCUAAUCGGACCUGUCAUGCUGAUCAAUUCGAAAAUGGGACAGAUUCUGAUGCCGUCGACGAUAGAGGUUAUGGUCAGUAAAGCUUUAUCCUUAUAUUAUGCAUUUGUGUAUCAUUGCUAA